GAGUUAAUUUUAAAUCGGUACAAGAUGGCGGAGGGGGACAAGGCAGCGCGGAGGCAGCAGCCGCAGAAGGGGCUGCUACGCUUGCGGAGGACUGGAGACCCAAACGCCGAGGUUAACCACGUCUCGUCCACGACCUCUCUAGGUGAGAAUUAUGAAGAUGAUGACCUAGUAAAUUCUGAUGAGGUUAUGAAGAAACCAUGUCCAGUACAGAUUGUUCUUGCCCAUGAAGAUGACCAUAACUUUGAGCUUGAUGAAGAAGCCUUGGAGCAGAUACUGCUGCAGGAACAUAUACGAGAUCUUAACAUAGUAGUGGUAUCCGUUGCAGGAGCUUUUCGUAAAGGGAAAUCAUUUCUACUGGACUUCAUGCUUAGAUAUAUGUAUAACAAGGAUUCCCGAAGUUGGAUUGGUGGACACAAUGAACCAUUGACUGGCUUUACAUGGCGAGGUGGUUGUGAGAGAGAAACAACUGGCAUACAGGUCUGGAGUGAAGUAUUUGUAAUAGACAGACCUGAUGGAACAAAGGUGGCUGUACUGCUAAUGGAUACCCAGGGUGCCUUUGAUAGCCAGUCAACUAUCAAAGACUGUGCAACAGUGUUUGCUCUGAGCACUAUGACUAGCUCUGUCCAGGUAUAUAAUUUGUCUCAGAAUAUUCAAGAAGAUGAUCUUCAACACUUGCAAUUAUUUACAGAGUAUGGCAGGCUUGCAAUGGAAGAAAUCUAUCAGAAACCGUUUCAGACAUUGAUGUUUUUGAUUCGAGAUUGGAGUUAUCCUUACGAACAUUCAUAUGGUUUGGAAGGUGGAAAACAAUUCCUUGACAAGAGAUUGCAGGUAAAACAAAAUCAACAUGAAGAGCUACAGAAUGUAAGGAAGCACAUUCACAAUUGUUUCUCAAAUCUUGGUUGCUUCCUUUUGCCACAUCCUGGUCUUAAAGUUGCCACAAACCCUAGUUUUGAUGGGAGAUUAAAAGAUAUUGAUGAAGACUUUAAACGAGAGCUUCAAAAUCUGGUUCCAUUACUGCUUGCUCCUGAAAAUUUGGUAGAAAAAGAGAUAAGUGGAUCUAAAGUCACUUGUAGAGAUCUUGUAGAAUACUUUAAGGCUUACAUUAAAAUUUAUCAAGGAGAGGAACUUCCACAUCCAAAGUCCAUGCUUCAGGCAACAGCUGAAGCUAAUAAUCUUGCUGCAGUAGCAGGAGCAAGAGAUACCUAUAGCAAAAGUAUGGAACAGGUGUGUGGUGGGGACAAACCUUACAUUGCACCUUCGGAUCUGGAGCGAAAACAUUUGAAUCUCAAGGAAAUAGCGAUUAAACAGUUUCGUUCUGUCAAAAAAAUGGGUGGAGAGGAGUUCUGCCGUCGUUAUCAGGACCAGCUUGAGGCUGAAAUUGAAGAAAACUAUGCAAAUUUUAUAAAGCACAAUGAUGGCAAAAAUAUCUUCCAUGCUGCUCGUACUCCCGCUACACUGUUUGCGGUCAUGUUUGCUAUGUAUAUAAUCGCAGGACUGACUGGCUUCAUUGGCUUAACCUCUAUAGCUGUCUUGUGUAACCUUGUUAUGGGGUUAGCACUGAUAGCUCUUUGUACUUGGGCAUAUGUUAAAUACUCUGGGGAGUUCAGAGAAAUUGGAACAAUGAUUGAUCAGAUUGCUGAAGCACUAUGGGAACAGGUGUUUUCCAAACUGUUUGAAGUUACUAGACGUCGAAUGAUUCAUCGUGCUCUUUCAUCAGCACAGCGACAGAGACUGUCAUCCAACAAUAACAAGAAGAAAAAUUAGACAGUAUUUUUAACUUUUUUCUCUAUCUGAAGUGUUCACACUUACACAUGUAGGACAAUAAGCAGGACCGUCUGGGCCGGUCUGCAUAAAUGCUGUAUACAUACCAGAUUUGAUGCUGCAUAUAGGGUAUGGAAUUGCACAUCCAUCUCAUAGGAAUUGUAAUGGUUUGAAUAGGAAGAAAGUAAUUUUUGUUGCAUUAUAAAAUGUCUAACUGCAUUAUUUGUAGCACCAUAACUUUUUUGGGAGAAGCAUCUUUUUAUUUUCCACAUUCCUGGUUAUUUUCUUCAUUGCUUUAAAUUGAAUUUUUAUAUCUAUUUUUAUAUGUAACUCUUUUUUACCUCAUGUUUUUGUUUGUUUUGCACAUUUCUCAUGCCACAGGUAUUCAAGCCCCUGGGUGAUAAUUUGAUGGAGGAAAACAUAAGGCAGUCUGUAACAAACUCUAUCAAAGCAGGCCUGACUGACCAGUUGUCUCAUCAUGCCAGAUUAAAGACAGACUGACAGUUCAUCUCCUCAUGGACUCCACUCUCUGUUUUUUUCAUGCUUGCUGUACAAUGAGAACUCAAAUAAAAAUAAACCAAAGUUUACAAUCAACUGUAGAAGUAGUUUAGUGUAACUGGCUUCGUAGAUGGCUGCCACAGUGUGAAAAUUGUUUGUUGGUUUUAAGCAUUUUUUUAAUUGGCUCCUGAGACUUGAGAUUGGCUGAGGAGCAUUAGUUUAUCAGCACAUUUAUGCCAUGUUGUUUUUUUUUAUCUUUCCUUUUUUCUUUUUACUUAAUCUAAUGUUAGUGAAAUUUGUCUCAUAUAAAAGGAUAUUUCAGGGAAAUAUUUUAAGAAAUCUAUUUAGCGAAUCUAACACUAUAUCCCAUUAGAAUUUUAAUUUUUAGAGAAAUUAUGAAUCACUGUAUCAAGAAUCGAAUUGAAAUGACAAUGAAGCCUUUAUUGAGCCACUACAUUAAAAGUAUAUAUUGCUUUACUGCCUUCAGUACCAGUAUUAUGUAAAUGCAUGUAUCAGAAACUUCACAGAAAUUACAUGACAGCUCUUGUUGCUAAGAAAGUGAUUCUGAGGUGUACAUUUGUCUUGCCUUUUUAAAUUUAUAAACCUGCCCUAAAAGGAGAUGCAUAUCUGGGAAACUGAACUGUCAUUUUUGCAGUUUAGCCUUCAUGUACAUAAAAUAUGCCAUUAAUUUUAUUGGGGGAGAAAUUCCAUCCAAAAACGUUGCCUACAGCUAUGAGUUAAAAGUGUCUGUACAUUGUGUAGCUUUUAUUUUCUAAAAUCACAGAUAGGGCAUGUAUAUGAAUUAUAAAUAUAUAAAUACGAUUUUGUAUUAAAAGUUUUGUAGCUCAUGGCAAAAUCUGGUUCUGUGGUAGACUCAUAAGUACAGUCCCUGUGAAGGAAUGUUUGUGGCUCAUGUCAGUGUGUGAAUGCAUAGACAAUUUAAAGUUUUUGAUAAAUUUGUGAUAUUUAUCUUCCUUGAGCACUGCAAUCUCACCCCUCUCCCCAAGAGAAUUCAAUGGGAAUGUUUGUUGUGAAACUGUCCUCUGUUGCAUUUUAAAGUUAUUUCCUGUAAUUUAUUUUCAGUACAUAAUUAAAAAUUUGUUGUAUAUAUAAAA